AUGGCGUUUUCCAAGCACUCUGCCGCCACAACACUCCUUCUAGCGAUCGUCGUAGCUCUGGUGGUGGCGGUGGCUCAGGCGCAGCAGGCGUGUCCAGUCCAGCUCAGCAACCUCAACGUCUGCGCGCCGUUCGUCCUGCCCGGCGCCGCGGCUCCCAGCUCGGAAUGUUGCUCGGCGCUCCAGUCCGUCCAGCAAGACUGCAUGUGCAGCACUCUGCAGAUCACUGCUCGCCUUCCUUCACUCUGCAAACUCCCUCCAAUUGGCUGCGCCGCUAACUAG